UGAGCUUGAAUGUAGUUUUACUCAUUUGACAGAUUGACUUCUUCGGAUGUUGUCACGGCGCCAGCGGGUCCCUACUCUGAACUUCAUUUCUACAAUUCAGAGGUGCCUGGUCUACACCAAAAUGCAAGUUUCGUAAGCAGGAAAUAUGAUUAAAGAUCACAGUGAAGUCGUUCCACUAAUGGGCAAGAAAACAAAUCCAUCUGGUGUUCCUCCUUCAAACCAGCAAGAGAAAAAGCCGACUGAAAGCACUCCCACAAAGAAAAGUUCACACUUUUUUCUGGAGAUUGAUGGGUUUGAAAGCAAUGCAACUCCAAACAAUACAUCUCCGCCUGUGUUUUCAAAACCAAUGGAUUCAAAUAUUCGUCCAUGUGCAUCUGGCAAUGGGGAAGAUAUGGAUUCCCCACAGUCUCUUCAGGAUGACGUGACUGAAUACAGCCCUAACGUAGACAGUUGUUGUGCUAACAUAUCUCAAGGACCUGAGCAGACUCGUGCCCGGAAGAAGUUGAAAAGAUACAUAUUUCGGGCAGUGUCUGAGGGGAAUAUAGAAGAGCUGCAGUGUCUGCUCGCAGAGCUGAAGGAACGAGCAAACGCGUGUACAAACAUGACUGUGCCGGAUUAUCUGAUGAAAAAAUUCACGGCUUUAGACACUGGCAAAACUUGUCUGAUGAAAGCUCUGCUGAACAUCAACCAAAACACAAACGAUAUAGUGAAUAUGCUACUGUCCUUCACAGAAGAAAAUGGUAUUUCGGAGAGAUUUAUCAAUGCAGCAUACACAGAAGAGGCGUAUAAAGGCCAGACAGCUCUAAAUAUUGCCAUUGAAAGGAGACAAUAUGAGAUAACUCGGAGCCUUAUAGAAAAAGGAGCUGAUGUCAAUGCUCAUGCCCAGGGUAUUUUCUUUAAUCCCAAACAUAAGCAUGAAGGCUUUUAUUUCGGUGAAACCGCACUGGCGUUAGCUGCAUGUACCAAUCAACCAGACAUCAUUCAGCUGUUAAUGGACAAUACCAGGACUAAUAUUUCUUCUCAGGAUUCCAGAGGAAACAAUAUCCUCCAUGCAUUAGUUACUGUGGCAGAGGACUUAAAAACCCAGAAUGACUUUGUAAUCAGAAUGUAUGAUAUGAUUUUGUUGAAAAGUAAAGACAAAACUUUGGAAACAACAAGGAAUAAGGAAGGUUUGACACCACUACAAUUAGCUGCAAAAACUGGGAAAUUAGAGAUUCUGAAAUACAUCCUGAGCAGAGAGAUAAGAGAUAAGCCUAACAGGAGCCUGUCAAGAAAAUUCACAGACUGGGCUUAUGGUCCUGUUCAAUCUUCUCUUUACGAUCUGACAGAACUAGAUACCACCGCAGACAAUUCAGUGUUGGAAAUUAUUGUCUAUAAUACAAAUAUUGGUAACCGUCAUGAAAUGCUGACUCUGGAGCCUCUGAAUUCACUCCUGCGAAUGAAAUGGAAGAAGUUUGCACGGCACAUGUUUUUUAUAUCAUGUUGUUUUUAUUUCCUGUACAAUGUAACACUGACGUUAGUUUCCUACCACAGGCCUAAUGAAAAUGAAGCUCCACCGUAUCCCCUGGCUCUGACGCGUGGCGUGGGGUGGCUGCAGUUAUCAGGACAGGUGAUGGUUAUGUUAGGAGCAAUAUUUUUAGCCAUAAAAGAGAGUGUCGCCAUCUUUCUGCUCAGGCCCUCAGACCUGCACUCAAUUCUCUCUGAUGCGUGGUUCCACUUCGCAUUUUUUAUACAAGCUUUGCUUGUGAUCUUCUCUGUCUUUUUGUACUUGUUUUCCUACAAAGAACACCUGGUGUGUCUUGUUUUGGCAAUGGCCCUGGGAUGGGCUAAUAUGCUCUAUUUCACCAGAGGCUUCCAGUCCAUGGGCAUUUACAGCGUUAUGAUUCAAAAGGUCAUCCUGCAAGAUGUGAUAAAAUUUUUAGUUGUCUAUAUCGUGUUUUUGCUGGGAUUUGGCGUAGCUCUUGCUGCACUGAUUGACACUUGUCAAAAUGGCAGCGAAUGCCAUUCCAACAGCAGCCUGGGACCUGUUCUUAUGGAUCUUUUCAAGCUCACCCUAGGACUGGGGGAUCUGGAGAUCCAGCAGAAUUCCAAGUAUCCUGUACUAUUUCUUCUGCUCCUUAUAACUUACGUUGUGUUGACAUUUGUUCUCCUCUUGAACAUGCUGAUUGCGUUAAUGGGAGAAACAGUGGAAGAUAUUUCUAAAGAGAGUGAGCACAUCUGGAAACUUCAGAGAGCAAGAACUAUUUUGGAAUUUGAAAAAUUCUUACCAAAAUGUCUGAGGAAAAAAUUCCAACUGGGAGAACGGUGUAAAGUGGCUGAAAAUGACACCAGGGUGUGCUUAAGGAUUAAUGAAGUGAAAUGGACCGAGUGGAAAACACAUGUUUCAUUUAUUAAUGAAGAUCCAGGGCCAACAGAUCCAAGCAAAGUUCAAGAUAAUUCAAGGACUAAUAGCAAAAAUACCCUGAAUACGUUUGAAGAAACGGAUGAUUUGCCUGAAACUUCUGUUUAGUUGUGCUGGUUUUGAAAUGCGGUCGUUCUGAAGGUUAAAAGCAUCAGCAGGGGAGGCUGAAAGCUUUGUUGGUAUUUUGGACAGCUGUAACCAGCUGGAACACAAACUUUCAGUGACGCGGUCUGAUUACUUUAACCCGUUUAAUCAGGGCAGCUAAAAUAAAAUGGACUAUUUCACUGGUUCAGUUUUGAGCCUCUUGAAAGCCGUUGCUGUCCAAGUUUGUGUGACGCUACUCAGAUUUGGCCCUAGACUUUUUCCUGCAUUAUAAAGGUCAAAUGUGAGAUAUUUCUUCCUUUUGGGGAACAUUAAGAUCGUCGUGAUCCCAGUCGGCUGUCUUUAGUUUCGGAAUCUUAACUCAUGAGAAACAUUUUGUACACUGAAAAAAGUUGUUGUGGUGAAAAGAAAAGCAUUUCAACUCUGAAGACUACCCAAUGAAGUGCGUUAUUCUGAAAUAACAAUGUUCUGGAUACAUUUGAAGCUUUUCUAUUGACUGUCAGUGUUACUGGAGGCUUGAUCCCGCAAGCUGGAGAAAACCUCGUCAGGUCUCAUUAGCUUUGCCUGAUGUUUUCCUGUGUGUAAGCUCUAGGGUAUCACGUGGUGUUUAUUGCUUUUUAUUUAUUCCUGUGUAUAUAUACCUUCCUAUAAAAUAAUGGGGCAGAAACAUAAGUCAUGGUGGAGAAUACUUGUGAGUUUGUUCUGGUCACCAGGUCUUUACUUUUCUUACUCAGCUUUUCCACGCUCUUGCAUCUUGCUGCAUAAAGAAAAGUUGUCUCAUCAAGCACUUCAGGAAAAUAAGAAGUCAGUAUUUCUUCCCAAAAUUAACAAAAGAAGUUAAAUGCAAUGCAGUCGCAGACUUUUAAAGCUUUUUAAAAAUAUAUUAUUCAGAGGACUAUGUAAUGCAUUUCUGUAGCACUUUUUAUUUCACUGCCGGUGAUGACCUAGCACUAUGAAUUACAUGUUUAGUUUUCUAUUUUAUGUACAUAUAAGAAGAAAUAUUUGUUCUAUGUACUUUUAAAUUUCACUUAAUACAUCAUGCGUCUUCAGCAUCAUGGGCUUUCAUCACGUAUACCCAUUCGGUGCCGGUUUUAGAGGUGCUAUUUAAAGACUCAGGUGAAUUCUGUAUUUGAAUGAUAAUAUGAAUUGCAUUGGAUUCUUGCAGCUAAGCCUACUGUGGGCAAAAUGAUGCUAAAGACUUUCUUAACACAGAAGAGAGCGCGAGGGAGCUCUGCAGCGGAAAGGAUAGUGCAAAGCUCUUUGCAGGGAUGGUGAACGUGGAUCUUGGCUGCCCAGCCGCUCUCCUACAGAUGCUGUAUCCUGCGUUUCCUACCACGUAUGGCCUGGAUGGAUGGGACCAAACUGAAAUCUUCAACUCCGUUAUGUUUUUGCAGGGACAUUAAUGCGUAUCAAGAGACCAAUGUAAUAUCUGAGCCUUGUUUGGCCUUCUGGGUAGGAUAUGUGAGCAUGAGAAGAAAAAUGCCUGUGGUCUUAGAAUCUUUCAUCUUUGCUCGUUAAUUGUGCAUUGAAACGGGCAACAGAGAACGUUGCCUUAGGACUGUGCCGUUCCGUUCGGAUUCUUCUGAGUGCCAGUUUUUGUACAAAAGAAAAACAUACCUCUUCACAUCUACUCAGGAACCAGCAGAAUCUGGCCCGUGCUGCGCUCUGUGCUGCUGUGAGCCGCUUGUCACCAAAACCAGGUUCAGGUGUCUGCGCUGUACUGAGGUCGCUCGGUAGGUACAGCCAGAAACCAGGGGAGGCACAAAACCACGUCGGGAAUGUGCUGUGUCAAUGUCCAGGUACAAAAGGGUGUGAUAAAGCUCAGGAAGAAGCCGGGGUGUUGUUUCUUAAAGUAUUUUGCUAAGAAAAUGACCUCCUUUUGUGGCCACAGAGCCCUGCCAGAUCACACAGCUCCUAUCUCAAGGUCCUUGUCAAGUACACUAUGAAUAAUGACUAGAGCAGAUAAUUCUGUACCUUUUAUACAGUGUUUAUUUAAAUAUAAAGAAAUAAAGCUUGUAAUUCAAUAAA